GGGAUCAGAGGCGGACACUGCAGCUCUCCCCUCUAGCCUUGACAGUAUGCAGAAAAACAAACGACCUUGACAAACAAGAGUAGAGGGUGGAGAGAUACCUGAUCCAUCAAGAACAUUUGCAGCAUAACAACAGGAACCAGAGCUCAGAUCGUACAACCCAGCCUGGGGAAAAUGAAAAAUGUUGUUGCUAUUUGGGAUGUUAUUUUAAGUGAUGGAGUCCACAAGAUUGAAUUUGAGCAUGGGACCACAUCAGGAAAACGAGUCGUCUAUGUGGAUGGGAAGGAAGAGAUAAGAAAAGAGUGGAUGUUCCAGUUAGUGGGCAAAGAAACCUUCUGUGUUGGAGCUGCAAAAACCAAAGCCACCAUACGUAUACUUUCGGGCAAAGGUUGUGUUUUUAAAUAUACUCUGGAAAUUGAUGGAAGAAGCUUCAGGAAAUUCGUGGAGAACAGAUCUAAAACUACCAACACCUGGGUUUUGCACUUGGAUGGCAAGGACUUUAGAAUUGUUUUGGAAAAAAACACUAUGGAUAUAUGGUGUAAUGGUAAAAUAAUAGAGACAGCGGGCGAGUUUGUAGAUGACGGGACUGAGACACACUUCAGCGUUGGGAACCACGGAUGCUACAUUAAAGCCGUCAGCAGCGGGAAGAGGAGAGAAGGGAUCAUUCACACGCUCGUUGUGGAUAAUAGGGAGAUCCCGGAGCUCACUCAGUGAUGCCUUCUUAGUGAGUGAAGAGGUGACCUCAGGACUCGCCGAUUGCUGUGGGAAUUAAAUGUGCUCAAUGUGUGCUUAUCGGUAGAUUUAGUCUGCGAUGUUUUUAUUUUUAUUUUUUUUGUUGCUUGAAACUAUAAUAUUCCAAUGGUCAGGGAUGGAAUCUUAAAAGUUAUACUUUGCAAUUUUUAUCUAUAUUAUAUUUCUGUAUACUUUUGCAUGCCACAAUGCAUAUAGAGAGGUCGGGAAGUAGCUUUCUGGAAUUGGUUCUCUCUUUACCAUUGCAGGGGCUGAGGGUUGAAUUUAGGUUGUCAGACUUGGUAGCAAGCUCCCACUGAGCCAUCUUGUUUGCCCCAUAAUUCAUUUUUUAAAUAAUGUAAAGAUGUUUUAAAUUUAAAUUGAAAAUAAUAUAGAGACCCAAACCAAGAGUACUGCAGAACAGUAACCUCCCCUGCAGUACACACUGCAAAAUAAAAUGUCUGCUGUUUUUGGGUGUUUCUACAAAUGAACACUGUUUCGAGAUAUUUCCCACCCAUUCACACUGAGGCAGUGAGAGGCCAGUGAUUGGAGGGGAGAGAGGAAGAGGAGGAGCUAAGAGGUGAGGGGCGGAGAGAGGGAGAAAGGGCUAGGUGGGUGAAACCAGCAGAGAGCAGAGAAAGAGGCACAGAUAUCCAGAUGGCUUCAGACGCAUUCCUGGUGUUUUGAAGAGGUUAGAAAUAUUAGCAUAAGACUUUAUCAUUGUAAAUUGGCAUUGUGAAAUUGGGAGUUCCUUAUACAUAGAUAUAUUUGGUUAACUAUUCAAGUUUAAGAGUCAUGCUUUGCCAGAUACUUGGAAGGAGUGGGUGCUGGGCAGAAGCGUGGGACUCCCACCUUUUACACUACAGAGCACAUCUUCAUGUUUCUUUGUGUCCUGUGGCGAUAGGUUGUCUCUACGUUAAAGCAGGUGGUCCA